UCACAAAAUGAAACUUUCCGGCAAGCUUCGAAUAUAUUGAGGUGGUUGCCAGAACUUCUGAUGGUCCUGCAUCCGGACGCGAAAGGCUGCUUACACUAGAUCUACGACAUACGACGUUCGCAGAAUGUCUCGAGUAGCGAGGAGCAGUUGCUGUCAUUCUGUCUCGCAUUCGUAGAGCUUGCGCGAGUGGAGAAAAGGCCUCGAGCCCCCCGGGCUGAGCUUCAAAAAUUCAUAACAUAUGGUCGCUCUAGCCCGACCGACCUCGUUGCAGGCAACAGCAUGGUAACAUGUCAUAUCGCACUGCUUCAGAUGGCCAAAGCCGUACGUUGGGACACUAUUGCUCGGAGAUUCCCCUGGCCAUUCCACAGCGAUAAAAUCGUUCUGCGUAUCAAUCCACCACGCUUCUCGGCUGCCAUCCUGCGAUUGAGGCCAGGAGCAGAGGGGACACUGCCGCUACCACUGCAGACGUACCACCACUCAACGACCGGACGAAUGCAUGCAAGUAGCGAAUGGCUGGAUUGGUACGCCCUGCAAAGCCAAUCGCUCUUGCGAUCAGGAGGUACCUGGUGUGGCUACUAUAGUUACGGGAGUUCCAUCAGCGAUCCACCAAUGGUAAAGAUUGAAUUCUCGAUCGAGGAAAGCACUGAUGAGGGUAAUUCUGAGCUUAGAGCUGAGCAGUGCUCGGAUGGUUAUGGCACGUUCAGCAUAAGUGGUAAUGUUGACUGGGAAGGAUUAUCCUUCCGUGGGCGCAAACGAUACACCUCCUCCUUCGGGUAUGGUGAUGUUAAUGGCGUUCGCUGGUUGUGGGAGUUGAAAUUGACUCCAUUUGGACUGAUUGGUGAUUGGCGUAACGAUUCCGAGAUAGCCAGACAGCACGGGCAAGUGUGGCUCUGGAAGGAGGAUUGGUCGAUUUGAAGUGCCACGUGCAGCUGUCAGAGGCAUUUGCAAAAUCUCUGCCAGGCCAAAGAAUCUAUGACCUUGCAUAUCUUGGUACUAUUGAAAUAUGUCUCGCUAGCAUCCAUGGAUGUCUUGCAACUU